CAACCCUGCUGGCACACUGAAACAACACUGCAACGCAAUAACUUCGUUGAGACGCCUAGCAACUGCCUUUAAUAACGGAGGAGGCCACUUACUGUCAUGUCAAGGCAUCGGCAUCUAGAUGGCAUUGGCCCUCAAGAUCUAAUACGAACUAAAGCCUUCAAGCUUCUCAACUGUGAAGGUCGAAUAGUACUACAUUAUAUCUUUACUUUAGCAUGCCCAAAAAAAGACACUGAUACCUUACAGGAUUAUGUCAUUAAUGAAAUGAAAAUGGAAAAAAAUCAUUACAUGAAAAGAUUUUCAAAAGAACAACAUAAACAAAUUCUCAGUGAUAAGACUGGUAAUGAUUUUGAUAUUUCACUGUUAUUUAGAUGUUUAGGACUGCCACUGAAUCACCUAACUCAGUGUGGUGACAAAAUUUGGACUACACCUGAUGAUACAAAAUUAGAGUACCUCAUAAGUAUGGUGAAGAAUCACCGCAAUGACCUUUCCCAUUUAAAAGAAGUUACAACAGUAGAGGGGUUGAAUAGUUUGGCAACUGAAGUCAAGAAACUUCUUUCCAUUACCUACCAGCUUGCUGAAAAAAGAUACUCAGACAAAUGUAAUCCAGGUGAAGUGGACAGACGUAUCUCUGAGAUGAAAGACAAUAUUGAUAAGAUUGUAAAUGCCCCCAUGGGGCCAGACUUGCAGACAGCUCAGAUAAUGAAAGAAUUAGAGGAUCAGCAGAAAAAUCAUAUUCUAGACUUAACUAAGUAUCUCAAGAAAAAUUAUAAGGCAAAAUCCAACAUACACCCAGCAUCUUUUAUCACUCAUGUAGAAUCCUUACAGAUUCAGAGUGUGUAUUCUAAGGUGGAGGUUGUGGAAGAGUUGCAUCAUAGCAACAGGACUAAUUAUGUGGAGCAUGAUAAAAUGCUAUUAUUUGAAACUAGUGAUGGACAAGAGGUGUCAGUGUUGGUGGUAGAGGGAGAGGCAGGGAUGGGUAAGACAACACUUAUUAAGCUCAUUCUGGCAGAAUGGGCUAACCCUCCUGAGGAAAAAAACACAAUUCAAGGAUUACAUGAAUAUGAACUAUUACUACAUUCUGAAUGCAGAAAUAAGUCCAUUUCAUCCUUCCUUGACCUUCUUUAUGUUUCUCUAGGUAACACAUCUGUCUUGCUAUCAGAGAAACAACUGGAAACUGCAGUUCAGAAAAUGAAAACACUUGUACUGUUAGAUGGAGCAGAUGAGUGGAACACAAAUUCGAAGAAACUUCUUCAAGACCUUAAAGAGCGCAUAAUACCAGGAAGUUGUGGUAAAGUCCAUCUGGUUUGUACUACCCGGCCAGAGAGGCUGUUUGAACUUUUUUCUUGCCUUAAACCAGAAAAAUGGAAACACAUCAGACUCACGGGAAUUGAUCCUGACAAGCAAAAGGAAUUCAUUAGUAAAUUUAUGCAUGAGUUGCAGAGAUACAAUACUGAUGAUGCAUAUACUCUCAACCUCAAAAAGGAUAUACAGGAACCUGUAAGUUCUAUGAUUGAUAGCUUAGAAGAGUUCUUGAAAUGCUCACAUGCAAGGAUGGGGGAGCAAUUCAAGCUACCUUUAAAUCUAGCCCUGCUUACCUACCUUUGGAGAACUGAGUCAGACAAUAUUCGGAAGGUAACUACAGUUACCAGACUCUACACAACAUUUCAUGAUCUUGCACAGAAGCGCCUGCUUGAGCGACUUGUUCAUGGUUCAAAAGUCAGAGACAGAAAUGAAUGGAAAAGGCUCUGUGAUGGCUUCCUUGGUGUUUUGUAUGAGGAAUGCCUCAUUGCACUGUCUCAAGGGGCACUGCAGAUGCCCCCUGAAUGUACCAAAGAAUUAGAAGGUUAUUGUGAUUCAAAUGACUUGCCCUCCUCAGAUUUAUUAGAGAACUAUAUGGAUGUGUACAGAGAAUGGGGUCCUCAUGGAUAUUCAACAAUAUUAGCACCUCCUCACAAGAGUAAGUUGGAAUUCUUGUCUGCACUUGGAUUUAUUAAUCAAAUGUGUGUAGACCAUAAUGUUCAAGAUAUUUUAGAAAAAAUGAAAAAUCUUCUUGUUAAUAAGCAAGUGGAUAAAAAUAUUGUGGAGUCCAUUCUACUGUUUGCCAAGGGACAACUUCACACCAUCAAAACCAUAGAAGACAUGUUAGAGAAGCUUCACAAAAAUGUGGAUUCAUACGAUAUCUCCAGCUACCAGAAUAUGUUCAUCAUAAUGGCUGGAAUUUUGUCAAAAGACUAUCCAGAACACCUCCACAAGUAUGGUCCCGAACUUCUCAAACUUCUGAACGAGUGUAGGGUAACGAACCAUCAGCUCCUCAAUCUUGUGGCGGAGGCCGAGGGUAAUGACUUCUUUGUUAAGUUGGUGGCACAACAGCUAAAAAAAACGUCAUUAGAAGUGAAAGAUGGACAUGUCGCAUCAGCAUUGGCACUCUUGCCCCACCUUGCUGAGCACACAGAGCUCAAGAUAAAACUAGAGGGUGACCCGAAGCACUUGCCUGACCUUCCAAAGUUCCUCCGUCUUGUUGCCUCCCGUGAGUGCAGAGUAUCACUGGUUUUCGAGCGCCUCCUGUACAAGCCAGACUGUACUGUAGACCACCUGCUGGAGCUCCUGCAAGGCAAGAAAUGUUCCCUUUACCACUUGGUGGGAUGCCUGAGUUAUACAGCUAAACUGCCAAUGACGAUAGAACGGCUUGACCUUGCUGCUGCCCAAGAUUUAAGUCCUGCGUUGCCUCCACUGCAGGAUCUCCCUAAGCUAUACCACUUAGAUGUUCACUUGCUCCCCUGAGUUGAUCCAAAAUGAUUUUGAAUGCCUACCCUCACAACCAAUAAGCAGUGGCAUCAAGCUUUUUCUGUACAAUGUAGAUGAUACAAAAGUAGAGUGGGCCAACAGAGAUGGUGCGGGCACUGUAUCCUGUGCAAGGGUAAAUAGUCCUUUGUUUUAUGUAUUUGUAGGCUUUUAUUUUUUAUUUUACAGCAACAUAAUUGUCUUAUGUCUCAAAAAUACCAUUUUUCAGUUUGUCUCAAAUUGGGGAAUGUGUAUUUCUUGGUGUUGUUGACAUUUAAUAAACUUUU